GGUCGAACUGUUUCCAUGGCAACCAAACAUAAACAAGCGCAAAUUUCCAAUCGUUUAUUUACCUUUUCGCUUUUACGAUUGAAACAUUUUCAUCUUCAUCUCACUUAAACUUUGUUAAUCUUUAGAUGGUCACUUACAUAAGUUUCCCUCUUUUAAUGUGCAUCAUCAUUAUCACUCACUGACCAGCAUCUUAAUGGUUCAUGACAAUUGAACUUGAGAGUUAAAACUUGUGUGUUGUUGGUUUGGUAAUGAGAGAGCAGAAAAUUUUGCUUAAUCCAAGUUAGGUGGACCUACGCAUUCAAGAUAAAUGGUUAAUCAUUAAUCGAGAAGUAAACGCAUGUUCCAUCCCAUGGAAGCUCAGAAAAGUGAGUGUUCACACAGAGGUAAAUUAAACUCAUCUUGUUCCAACCGAAGACCUGCUCAGAAGACCAAUCAAGUUCUCUACCUUAUUUAAUUAAUUAAUUUCUCUUCUUCUUCAUCACCAUCAUCCUUUAUCUUCCAAGUGUAAUCUCCCUCUUCUCAUGUGUAAACAUUUUCUUUCACUUCUCCUUCUUCAUCUUUCAUAAUAUAAACAAAAAUAUCUGAUAUUUGGUGAUUUCUCUUUGUGUGUUUAUAUUAAUUGUGUAUGUUGUUUGUGUAUCAAGUUAAUCAUUUCUCCAAUGGCAGUGAUGUUUCCAGAUUCUCAGAUGAAUUAAUACAAUUUAAAUUGAGCGAAUCAACCAGAGAGACGAGAAGAAGAGGAAAGAAGAGAAAAGACUCUGGUUCGGGAGAACGAACAAAUUUGGGUAUUUAAUCUUCAUCAUCCAGAGGAAAACAACAAAGGAUAAAGAGACACUGGAAGAGAAAGAAAAAGUUAUUCUUUCAUUGGCCUUUUAGAUUAAUAAUGAAUUGUUCCAUUUUUUCUUGGUUAACUAAUGAUCGACCAUUUAACUGAUCAUCAUUCUUAAGGUUGAAUUUACCUUUCAACGGUUCACAGUAACAGUAGUUGAGCAUCAACUCGACUGUUACACAUACACACAAACAUACUCACAUCUUUCAAUUCUCAUCAUCAUCGUCAUCAUCAACACCAUCAAGAGAGAGAGAGAGAGAGAGGAGAGAGAACAACAAUAACAACUUGAUCUGCGGCGGUAGAAGCAACAACAUUGCUUGUAUCUCUACAUGAACUCGGUUUUCUGGUGAAUUCUAUUGAUAUAUAUUCCUUUAUAUUAACCAAAUUGAUUGGAUUUUAUCUCGUAAAUUAAUCCAAUUACACUCGAUAAUGUGUAUUCUUCAUUUCUAUCACUUGGUUUUCUACUGAAACAAAACCGAUUCAACAUCUUGUUUUUUUCUACAAACUCUUGUGUUGUGUUUCUUGUUUCUUCUUCUGUCCAUUCGCAAUUUUUUCUUUCUCUCUCUUUCUCUUUCUUAUCCCUGUUUCCAUUUUCUCUUUUAACUCUCAGUGUGUCUUAACUUCAUUCCUCUUUUACUUCUUCCACUCGACAACUUUUACAACCACAGUUUUCAAAUUUUCUGCAACCAAUCACCCAGCUCUCUCUCUCAACGCUCACUUCAUAAACGGUGAAGGAACACAUUUAUUCAUCAACCAGCCAAAGAUUCAAGACCCUGUUUUGUUUUGUUUCCUGUUUUUCUUGCAACUUAAAUCAAAUCAACAACAUUAACCUACUCCACCAAUCAUAUUAUCAAAUAUUAAUAUGAAGGCUCAAAGUAAAAAUAGGAAAAGUCCGACCUGUUCUCGGUGUCGUUUUCAUGGCGAGAGAGAUGUCCGAGUACUACAACAUAAAUGCCCCUUUAAGGAUUGUUCUUGCUCCGAUUGUCUCCUAGUCAAAAAACGAUCCAUUAUUUAUAGAGCUCAAAAAAACUUGGAUAAACAAGAUGAAAAUAGCAACGAGGUUUCAUCACCAGGUAGUGGAAGUACAGGUAGCAGUCGAUGCCUGGGAAGCCCACAGAUUCCCAUGCAUCCAGGUAACAUGGGAGAUAGUAAUGAACCGAGUUUACAAAACCCAUGGUCAACAAACCAGCAACCGCCACAGCCUCUUCCCUCGCAACAACAACAACAGCAACAGCAGCAGCAGCAGCAACAACAACAACAACAACAACAACAGUUACAACCGCAUCAACAACCACCAAUUGCACAUCCACCAGCAUCUCUUGUUCCACCUCCGCCUCAUCAUCAGAUAGCAUCUAUCAACUCCAUUCCACCUUCUAAAAACAGUAUCAAAGACUUCCCAACAUUGUGCCUAACUUUCCCGGACCAUACACCUCCCCAACUACAGACUCUUCUCGAACAAUGUGACAAUGAUUAUGAAAGAACAAUUGACAAGAUAUUGACGAGAAAAUGGUAUAGCGAUUCUUUGAGCAAUGAUUAUCAAUCAUUGACAAACGAUCCAAAUUACUCAAAUAAUCAUAACAACAAUAGUAACAACAACAACAUCAUCAACAACAACACCAACCACAACAACAAUAAUACAAAUAGUAAUAAUAACACUAAUAAUAAUACUAGCAACCAUAAUCAUAAUCAUAAUCAUAAUACGAAUCAUAAUAAUAACAUUAAUAGUAAUAAUAAUCACAACAAUCUGGAAUAUCCGACUAAUGAAGAUGAUACUCGCCUUUCGUUUGCCAAUUGCCAUUAUAAUCAACAACAAGCACCAAGUCAAAGAAUGAUGACCGCACCUAAUUUCAAUAAUCAAGACUAUACGGGUGAUGAACUGGUCAAUAGGUCCAUUCAACCUCAAAAUUCCGAUGCAAUGGCCUCCGAUUGGUCUUAUGGUGAUACAACAAGAUAUCCAACAGCAAACUCUAACUAUCCAAAUAACAAUACCUGGAAUCAAGGUGAUUAUCCAACUUGGUCCAAUGCAAGUUCAAACUUUUGGCCUACUAAUGGUCACAACACAUACUCAUAUGUUGAUCAAAAUGAUGCAAAUGCUAUGAGCUAUUAUUAUGGUAGACGUGAAAUGGACUAUCCAGAAUCCUCUGGUCAUUUAGAUCGUACGGUCAAACCUGAAGUUGGUCCAAACAUAUCAUCAAACUAUGAUUUUGACUCAUAUUGAUAACAAUGCAACUAAAAGCCUCUCACCUUUCACCUCUUCCCUAUCCGAGUUAUUCUGUUUAAAUUAAUGAUUUUACUUGAAAAGACAACAACAAGAAAAUAAGAAAAAGGCAAAUGAUGGAUAGAGUAAAGACUAAAACAGAACAGAAAAUAAAAUCAAGCGAUAUCAUGAUCACGAUGAUGACGUUAUAAAUGAAUGAUGAUAAGGAUGAUGGCCAUCAUCAAUAUAAUUACUUCAACUGCAAACUUUUAACUUUAAUUACAAGCAGCGAAGCGAAAGAAAUUAUUUGAAAGCUCAAGCUCACAGGAGUACAAAAUAGGACAACGUGAAGUUUACGGAACCCAAAUUAAAUCAACUAUCAUCAAGUGUAUGAUUGUUCUCUCUCUCUCUUCCCUCUCCAUCUUCAUCUUCCUCUCUUCCUAUAUAUUUAUAAACAUAAAUAUAUAAACAUUGUUUGGACGAUCUUAAAGAAAAAAGUUCCAGAGUUAUGCAAAAUCAAUUUUCUGUUUCAGUUGAACUUCUAGUCAAUAACCAGCAACAAUUAACUCUGUCUCUUCUGGUUAAAUUAUGCAUUUCGUCACUUCAGAUAUUCACCAACAUCCAAACCUCAUCAACAAUUAUCAUGCAAAGAAAACUAAAUUAUCCAACAAUCAAGCGACAGGAACAAUUUCAAGGAACAGGGUCCGUUCGUUCAUCGUUGUUGAUCAGUUUUUUAAUCCUCUGUGUCUAUUGCUCCAAAAUCAAUUUAAUUUUUUACAUAAUUAUUCGUAAUUUUAAUCAUGUUCAAUUUUCAUGUUCUGUUUUCUUUCACCUCCUCUUUAAUUCUCUUAUUCUUUUUUCCACCAAUAUUUCACCUUAAUUUCAUUUCUAUUUUUCUCUUUCUCUCUAAUUCAAUAACUCACUCACUUAUCUCUUCGAUCCCUCCCCUCAUCUUCUUUCUGUUUCGUCUUCUUUUCAUUUAACUACUUAACUAUAAUCAAUUCUAUUUCUUACACUUAACUAAUGAUCUUGUAAUCAUCAAGUCGAUGGCCAGAAUUUAAUGCAAACAACAAAGCAAAAACAAAGCAAUAGGACUGAUGGUCAACACUUGGUAUCCAUUUUGAACAAUACCAACAUAUUCAAGCCAAAUCAAGCAAAUUAAUGAUUUCCAUUCCUUUGGACUGAUAAACUUUUAUAAAUUAUAUUAUAUAUUGUACACGAGAGAAUCAAGAAAACAAACUCACAAAUCCACAGACUAAAAAACUCAAACAUUAACACACAAAACUGACAUUUGAUAAAACAAACAGAAUCUCAAAUGAUAAAUUAAAUUGCAUUGUUUCAAUUGGU